GGCUCUCAAACGCAACUCAGGCAUUCCGGUCAUCCACCCCGAGCGCCCGAGCAGAGGCACACCGAUCUCUGGCGGAGUCCUUACCGGAGACGGGCUUCGCGGGGUAAUCAAGAAGGCAGGCAGUAAACCAUCCCGGGUAUAACGAUGGAACCGUAAAAUAAAUACGGAAGGGGGGAACAGGCUGGCUGUCACUGCAGAGUGAUAGAGAGACACGGAGAAAGACGAGGAGACGAGAGAGGGAGAGAGGGGCUGUCUGCCUCCAUGUCUGCUCCUGUCCCUUCCACUCGGAGAUCUGCGUCUGGCUCUCGCAGACGGACAACUGCCCCAGUCAGCAACAGAGAUCCCCAUGGCAACGCCUCUCUCAGCAGCAGCAGCACUAACUCUGGCUCCUGCAAGGGCAGUGACUGCAGCCCCACCAAGGGGCGUCACAUGAAGGCAUACACCUCAUGUACAGAUAACCAUGGCAUUCGCCCCCCUCCCCCAGAGCAGUACCUCACACCCCUGCAGCAGAAAGAGGUGUGUAUCAGACACCUACGGGCCCGCCUCAAAGAAACCGUCGACAGGCUGCAGGACAGGGACUCUGAGAUCGAUGAGUUGAGGACCCAGUUGUCUCGUAUGCAGGAGGACUGGGUUGAAGAGGAGUGUCACCGCGUCGAGACCCAGCUGGCUCUGAAAGAGGCACGCAGGGAGAUCCAGCAGCUCAAGGAAGUGGUGGACGUGGUGCGCACCAACCUCAGCUCCAGCGACUCCACCGACACCAGCGUCCAGAAAUACUUCCAGGACAUCAACGUCCAGAACCACAAGCUGGAGACCCUGCUGCUCAGCAUGGAGUUGGCUCAGAACGGGGUGGCCAAGGAGCAAGAGGCUGCUGCUGCAGCACGAGGAGCGGCAGGGUGGGCUGGGGCUGGGAGGCCUGGGACUGCAGGGUCAUGGCCUGGAAGUAGUCCCGCUGCAUCAGGAACUGGAUGGGGUGGCUCCAAGAGUCUGUGUGGGUCUUGUGACAGCUCCCCCGCCCGCUCUCUGCCCCGUAGCUUCACCUACACCAAGCUGAGCGACCAUGCGCUGGCGGAUAAGAACGGGAACGGCCUUUCAAGGGAGGAGAACCAUGACAGUGGCUUUGUGUGCUGUGGGGAGAGUCACAGUGCAGCCAGCAGUCACAGUCACAGUCGCAGUGCAGCCAGCAGUCACAGGGAAAACCUGCUCCUGCAGGCAGCCUUCCUGUCUGAGGAGACAACCUCUCUGCUCAGCACCUACUCCCACCUGCCACACUUCUCCAACUACGACAAGCUGUGCUCCGGGAAGGAAAGGGUGGCGCCUCUGCGCUGUGCCAUGGGUGGGGCGGGCAGCGCCAGCCACCCCUGUCUGUCCCACCACCACCUGUACCUGCACCACCCCAGGGAGCAGGCCGUCCAGACAGAGAUCUGCUCCGUCCCCGUGGGGGUGGGCUACGCCUCUGACCUGGACACCAUUGUAGAGCGCACAUUCCGCUCUCAGGCCUGCAGCCCCACCUCCACCUGGGUCUCAGACGAGGGAGACGACCUGGACUCGGUUACCGCAACGUCAGUCACCACAACAACCCUCACAGCUACAACAAAGCCCGGUCCUGGCCCUCCGUUACCCAGCUCGUCCUGCCUUUCAGUUGAUAUGCCCUCCCUCUCAGUGGAGGAGGAUGGGGAGGCGGUGGGGGAGUUGGAGAGGCAGACAGAGGAGGUGUGGUCGGUGGAGGUGGAGGAGGUGAGGUCAGUAGAGGAGGUGAGGUCAGUGGAGGAGGAGGAGGUGAGGUCAGUAGAGGAGGAGGAGGUGAUGUCAGUGGAGGAGGUGGAGGUGAGGUCAGUGGAGGAGGAGGAGGUGAGGUCAGUGGAGGAACGGCCCCACACCUCCCAGCCCAGGAGAAGUUUGUUGCAGCAGGAGGAGAUCGCUGGGGUGACGGUGGUGGAGGUUGAUGAUGAUGAAGAUCAGGCUCAGGGAGCAGUAGGGGGAGAAGAGGAGUCUACCUCGUCUGGGUCUGGACCAGUAGUGAAGAGCUACUGGAGCCGCCACUUCCUGGUUGACCUGCUGGCGGUGGCGGUACCCGUGGUGCCCACGGUGGCAUGGCUGUGCCGGGGGCCGCGGGGCGAUGCCCUGCCCAUUUACCACUUCGGCUCCCUGCUGCGUGGCUGCUGCACCGUGGCCCUCAGCUCCCUGCGCAGGGCCGGGGGCGUUAGGCACUACCCCGCAGGCACGGGUGGGGGAGCCAUGGGAGGCACAGAGAUCUGAGACAGGCCCCAUGACACCCUGGGAGCUGCACACACACAACCCUGCCCUCUCUGGUCCUGGGUCGUCCUGGGUAAAGGAAUGAGGGGAAGAAUGAUUCUGAAGACAGGACAGCCUCCUAACAAACCUUAUAACUCUCUCCUUUGAGCCUGGCUCCUGGUGACCUCUUCCACCUCCUCUGCUGGACUGAGAAGAGACACCAGGAUGUGUUGAAGUGACACUGAAUGGUAGAACUGAAUGAUUGAAUGGACACUGAAUAACCUGAGGGUAUGAUUGAUGCUGAUUCUAACUUCUCUCUCUAGUGUGCAGGGAGACUGAACGGUCUGUCAGUCUCUGUGGGUCUCUUCAUUGGUUCAGUUCAAUUUUGACUCGUGGUGUGUAAGUAUAUGUGCACACGACGUGUGUGUGUGAGUGUGUUGCGUGUGUUCUUCUCUGUUGUGUUGAUGUGUAGCCAAAGCACCUGGAUGUCUGAAGGCAAUCACAGCCAUAGCUGUGCAGUAGAUGUUAUGCUCAUUUAGGAGUGAAUUAUGGGACAUAUGGCCUUUCCCCCCUAAAGGUACCAGGCAAGCUGCUGCUGUACAUUUCUGCUUCCUGUCACUGGUGUCCUAGAUUAACAAUCACUCUUGUAGCAUUCAGUCCAUGUCCACGGUCCAAGAGUUUGUCAUUCCAGACCCAUGAACCGGAAACAUUUCAAGAAGGAAUCAUUUAAAGAGAUAAAAUUAUUCAAAACAAAGUUUAUUGUCCUGUUAAAAAUAGGGAAAAAAGUAUUAUGGACUUGGUGUGAGGAUUGUCACGGUAAUCUGUUGCUAUUUGAAUGUUUGCAUUGAAAUCAAAUUAUGACUGAGUUGGCAGGAUUUUAGUGUCUUGUUAUUUUGGGCUGUAAUGAAUGUAAAGUCGUUGAGAUGUAAAAUAAUUGAAAGGCUGAGCAAGCAGACGCUGUACUGUAAUGGUAUUAGUCUUUGUUAGGGACUAAUGAGCUAACUGAUGUCCUAAAGAUUGUGAUGCAACCAGCAAGAACAGUCCUUUGAGUUGAAGUAUAUUGAGUUGUUCAGAGAGGAACCAGGAAUAGAUCUUGUAAUUUCUUUAGUCAUCCAUUCGCCAUUUUGUUCUGCACUAUUAUUCACUUUAUGAAGUUAGGCAAUUCCCUUUUCCCCAAUUGUUUGAAGUCAAGUUUGUGUUUCCAAAGUCUAAUACGUCCAAUUUUUUUACCCCUUUUUCUCUCCAAUUUCGUGGUAUCCAAAUUGGUAGUUACAGUCUUGUCUCCUCGCUGCAACUCCCGUACAGACUAGGGAGAGGCGAAGGUCGAGAGCCGUGUGUCCUCCGAAACACAACCCAACCAAGCCGUACUGCUUCUUGACACACUACCCACUUAACCCUGAAGCCAGCCGCACCAAUGUGUCAGCGUGCACUGCGCCCGGCCCGCCACAGGAGCCGCUAGUGCGCGAUGGGACAAGGACAUCCCUGCCGGCCAAACCCUCCCCUAACCCAGACCAAUUGUAAGCCACCCCGUGGGUCUCCCCGUCGCGAACCCAGAAUCUCUAGUGACACAGCUAGCACUGCAAUGCAGUGCCUUAGACCACUGCGCCACUCGGGAGGCCUUAUGUCCACAGUUUUGCAUCAGAGGUUUUUUUUUGUGUGCAAUAUCAUUGUGAUAUUCUAUAACUAUUCCAUAACUGUAUUAUGGAAUACGUUUCCAAAG